AUCCAUGUUAUUGUUGAACUUUAUCCUUUGUUUCGAAAUAUAAACAGCGCCGUCUGUAAUAUAUAAUUUUGCUUCAAAAUAUAUGCCGUGCAUUUUAUUAUUACAAAAAGCUAGUUCACUUCGCGGGGAGAAAUGAACAAAAUAUGCGUCGUUUAUAAAGCGUUUUUGGCUGCGAUAUGUUGUGGGGUACUUGUAAAUGGAUUUGAACAUGACACGUUUUGGGGCGAGAAAGGUUUGUAUAUGGAUGUUACAACUAUAUAUAUUCACCGAAUUGUCGAGCGCUUUAUUUUAAAGCCUGCUUUUUAAUUCGUUGUGGUAAUCAUUUAAUUAAUACGGUCAUUGUGGACUUAUGUGGUCAACGCACUGAUUUGUAAAGACGGGUUUGCGGUUGAGAUAUCGCAAGCCUUGCGCCAAGGAUUUCAUUUCGCAAAGAAGACACCGACUAUAUAUUAUCAAUGAUCCGACGGGCCAACGGCGAUUAGACACACACCGCGUAUUAAAGCGGACUGCGACGACGGCUCUUUGACAAACUAUCUUUUUUUGCCGCCAACUUUAUCCAGACAGCCGAUCAAUCCGUGUCUAAUAGAUGCGGUCUCUGUGCAUGGCCUGCCGACUAUGCAUAUUUGAAAUGCUUAAAACACGGCCAUGCCGUUCUGUUUGCGUUUCAAUUUUUUAUCUGACACGUAAAAAUCUCACAACUUGUCAUGCAACAGGCUUGUAGCAAGCUUGUCAACAAGUUGUAACAAUGUUGUCAUUUUAUCAAGUUACUACAAUGUUGUCACUCACAACUUGUUGACAAAUUGUUGAAUUGCAGGGGCCCGGUUGUAGCUAUAAAACUCUUAAUCACUUUUUAGUCACUAUUUUGUAGUUAAGUAGUAUUAACUCUCAAAUACGCGCUUCUUAUUGGAUGACGUUUCCACUGACUGUAGUUAACUUUAAAGUGUCUAUGACACGAAAUUUCACCCCAAAGGUUUGUGGUUGCAUGCAUUGUUCAGAUCACUUAAAAUGACUUAAUAAUAUCUUUUAUAGAAUUUUGAUAACUUGCUCCCUUUUCAAGAUAUUCAACUUUGUUCCAUAUGCAAAUAUCACCGGUGUGACAUCACAUCGCAUAAUGAGUUUUCAGAAAGGUAUAGUUUUCUUGACGAAUACGUAUCUAAAAAACUUAAAAAUUGCCCUUGUAUAUGUAUUAAUUUCAUAACUGGCAAUUAACCCUCUGUAUUUGUUUGUAAAAAUAUUUUAUCAAGGUAAAAUAUUGCGUUUUCAAAAUGUCAUUAUGCGAUGAGAUGUCACAUAACCGAUGAUAUUUGCAUAUGAAACAAAGUUGAAUAUCUUGCAAAGCAAGCAAGUUACCAAAAUUCUAUAAAAGAAAUUAUUAAGUCAUUUUAAGUGAUCUUUACAAUGCAAUCAUAAACAUUUGGGGUGAAAUUUCGUGUCAUAGGCACUUUAAUCGCUCUUAUAUACAACCGGCCCAAGGACGGUCCAUAACAAGUUGUUGGAACAACUUGCAACAAGUCUGUUGAGUUCAACAACCUUGUAGCAAAUUGUCAACGAGCUGGGAACAAGCAGUGCGAACACAUCUUGCUGACGAGUUGUUGGGAUAGGAUUGCUACAGUAGUCUGCUGUAGGUUUGUUACAACUUGUGCGUUUUCACGUAUGCAUGUAUAAAGAUAAAAAUAUUAGUGUGUUUUGGUUUACGAAACCAAAUAUCAUCGAUAUGAUGAAAGAUGUAUCAAAUAUAGUAUCGUUUCGCUUACCCAUAGCCUAUCGAAGGGAAGAUGGCUGUGAAACUCAAUAGAAUAACAAUAUAACUCAUUAUCUAUGUUGGGCAACGUUUAUUCAUAAAUCUGGUCCUUCACCGUCACGUGUGUAUUGUAUUCUUGCCCAACUAACCAAUAGCAAUGUUUCAGGAAAGUCACCUAAUAGGGGAACUGGAAAUUGCUAUUGGUCGAUUUGGUAAAAAUACAAUACACACGUGACGGUGAAACGACCAGAUUUAUGAAUAAACGUUGAGUUAUAUUGUUAUUCUAAUGAGUUUCACAGCCAUCUCCCCUUCGAUAGGCUAUGGCUUACCUCGAGGUAAAACGUCCCGUAGCUGGUGACGAAGAUUUCGAAGCCAGCGAAAGAAAAAUAUAAAAUUAUACAAUCUUCUUUCUUUUCUAAAAUUCUCAUCCAUUCUUCUUCAGCUCCAAAAGGUUGUGUUCCCUGUCCUAAAAACAAAGAAGGGUUAUUCGACACACCGAUCUGUGGUACAAAUAAAGUAGCCUACAAGAAUCACUGUUAUCUACGACUGAGGAAUUGCAUCGCGAAAUUACUACGAAAAUCAUUUGUGCAACCUUCGAAAAAACCUGCCUUAUGUGGGUAAGUUGAUAGAUCUGAUUUCAAGAUUCGUAUAUACAUGUGAGGAAGAGUCAAAUUCAAGGAUUUUCCAAGGACAUUCAACUAUUCAAGGCCAUGUAUCGGCAAAUUCAAGGACUAAAUACUGCAGAAAAGGGGUUAGAAAUCAGUAAAAUCUGACGUUGAAUUGUUCAAAACGCAACUUUAAUGAUUUCAAACAGCUUUGUCAUGAGCUAUGAUGAACAUGCAAAAUGAAUUCAACAAAAUGUUCGUUUUUGAAUGUCAAACAAUUUCAGAAAAUAUCCAAAAACUAAAGCAAGAACAAUUUAAGGACUUUCACGUACUUCUUUACAAAUUCCAGGAUAUUCAAGGCUUUGAAUUUUGUUUUCAAAUUCAAGGACAUUCAAGGACUUUCAAGUUUUGCGUGAACCCUGUGAAUUAUACAUUAUAUAUAGUGAACUAUAUAGAGAGGAAAGUGACCCGCUAUACACACGCAAAAAUUAAUCUCACAACUUCGGUAGCAAGUGCGCCAACAUGCCAUCAACAAGUUGUGUUCGCACUGCUUGUCCCAAGUUGUCAACAAGUAUGGAACACAACUUGUUAACAGUUGUAAUCGACCUUGUUGAUAUUAGACAGGUUUAGAUCGAGGACGCGGACGACAAGGACGACGUGAAAAUGGCGUCAAAAUGGCGUCCUCAAUCUAAAUCUGUCUAUUAUCAGACUUAGUGCACGGUUGUUCCAACAAGUACUAUACAGUUCAUGAUAUAACAAUAUUGUUACAACCCCGUGUCAUCAUAACAUUGUAACAUUCUUGUUAUAUCAUGACUGUAUCAGACUUGUUGGAACAACCUUGCAACCAACCUCGUACCCAGGGCCUGCCCGGCGUUCCCGCCCGAUUUUUUAAUAUGGCUGCCAAUCUCGUUCCCCGAGCCUGCGAUCCUCGGGAAGGAACCGAAGGCUCUGGGAUAAUCCGUUUCAGGGAGGAAUCUGAUUGGCCAUUGAUAUGGAAUGCGUAGUUCAAUCUUAGCCAUGAUUCUUGGCUUCGGGUAACGGAUUAUCCCAGAGCCUUCGAUUCCUUCCCGAGGAUCGCAGGCUCGGGGAACGAGAUUGUAUGGCUGCCUUCAACUCGCGUCUAGCCCUGGUUAUGAGGUUGCCUUGUAACAAGUCUGAUAACGCCAUCAAGCUUGUUAUAAGUUGUUAACAGCUUGUUACAAACUUGUUCCAACAACUGGGAACAAGCAGUGCGAACCCUAUAUAGUUUCAGAGUUGAUAUAAAUAUUCAUUUUUAUUUCAGAUUGCGAAUGCAAAUGUUUGACACGUGGAAAACCACUUGGCCAUGAUUUCAGUGAACACUUCCUUCAUAAACAUUUUCUCAAAAUCCUUUCUAUUUUUGCACUUUGUAAGCAUGUACUCGUAAUAUUUCAUUUUGUAAAUUAUCAAACAUUUCUUACGUAACAGCAUUAAAACCUGA